UUAUGAGUAGUAGUGUUUGGCAUGUCGAUGCUGAGUAGCCGAACAGCCUGGGCAUUUGGGCAUUUUCGGACGUUCAGCUCCAACAGCUUUUUGUCGAACGCACUUUGCCAUGGGAGUGUUGAACUCGGAAGAGCAGGAGAAGCGCCGAGAUGCUCUGCUUCAGUUGCGCUACGCGGAGGAAAGCCUGACCUCCGAGACAUGCCAAGAGGUUCUUAGUGCAGCAACCAAGGCAAUGCUGAUCUACAAGGAGCUAGGAGAUCAGCAGAGCGCAGCAGAUGCUUUGAAGGCGGUCAUUGCAGCGAUAUCUGUUAAGGAGGGCGAGGAGAAGGCCUUGGCCAAUGCUCAACGUGAGAUGGAGAAUUACCGGAAGUGCGGCGACCGUUGUGGAGAGGCGACCAUGAAGCUGGCGCAGGCAGCGGUCUAUUUGGACAAGAAUCGCCUGCAGGAAGCUCUUCGCUGGGCAAUGGAAGCUCAGGAGGAGUUCAAGGCGUCCCAGCUACCGGAGAAAGAGGUUUCAGCGCAUUUAGUCGUUGCAAAGGCUUUGCUGGCGAAAUGUGAUACCCAGGAAGCUCUUCAAACUUCUCAACGGGCACUGGAACUUGCAGAAGAGGUUGGCGAUAUGCGCGGAGAAGCUCUGUCGCUACAAUGCCUUGCUAAAGCAUUAUGUCAAGGCCAGGAGAUCAAAGAGGCGAUUGAUGCGGCCAGAAAGUCGCUCACCAUCUUCAGGCAGUCAUCAGAUUACAAGCAGCAGGUUGCUUCGAUGCUCACUGUCGCAUCCAUCCACUUAGUGCGAGAGCGCCCCUUGGAUGCCUUGCGGAGUGCCAAGGAGGCACAAGGACUUUGCAAACGUCUGGGUGAUUCUCAAGCAGCGGCCAACACUUUGGUGUUGUUGGCAGAGGCAAAUGUCGAGAACGACGAGCAGAAGGAAGCGCUCGGUCAUGUGAAGGAAGCUCGUGAGAGAUACCAUGCGAUCAAAGAUCUGCGGGGCGAGGCAGAGGCCUUGCGUGUGAAAGCGAAGGCGGAGAACUCCAUGUGCAAACGCGCCGAGGCUCUUGCUUCCUUGCGCGAGGCGGUGGAGCUGGCCAAACGCGUCGAGGAUCGAGUUGCAGAAGCCACGUACCUUCUCGAG